GCCACUCCGUCAGUCUGCUCGCCGACACCGUAACGAACACACGCACUCACACAUCCACUGAGAGAGAGAGAGACAGAAAGAGAGAGAGAGAGAGAGAGAGGGAGAGAAAAACAGACGACACAGGUGGAGAGAGAUCAUGUUUUUCCUCCCUUCCUUUCCUCCGUUUUGCAAGAUGUGAGGAGGAAAGAGGAGAGACAGACGGAGACAGUGGAGAGAAAAAAAAAAGUGAAGAGAAAGAGACAGAAAGAAAGAGAUAAAAACAGUUGACAGUUGUUAAAGAAAGGAAGAGAAAGAGAAGAAGAAGAAGAAAAAGAAAGCAGAUUGUGUGUGCGUGCGUGCGUGUGUGUGUGUUUGUGUGUGUUUUUUAAUCUUGUUUUGAUCCGCGAAGAAAAGUCGAUCAUGAGUUUUAUGCUACGAAGGCUGCUGCUGGUGGCGGCAGCGUGUGCGGGCGUGGGCGUGGGCGCGGGCACAGAAGGCAGCGCGCGGCGCCUUGUGCUCGGCGAGGGCGGCUACGCGCGGCUCAUGGCCUCGCCGCCGCCGCUGCCGGCCCUCACGCUGGCCGCCUGGGUCAACAUGACGACCUUCCCCGAGGGCGUGGCGCCCAUCCUGACCCUGGUGGCCCCCGACGCCCAGUCCCAGGUUGCCUUCUUCCUGCGGCACGACGGCCUGGGCGUGCUGUGGGGCGGACCCGCCGGCGAGCCAGCGCGCGCCCUGGACACAGUGGACCGCCACCCCCGCACCCGCUGGCUGCCCGCCUUGCCGCCCCGCGCCGCGCGGCGGAGGCGCGAGGCCGUGGACUACAGCGGCGGGCUGGGCGACAUUGUGGACCUGCUGGCGGACCCUCGCAGCGGCCGCUCAUACGACACGUGGACGCCCUACGGCUUCGUGGACGUGGACCAGAUGGGCGUGGAGGACCUCCAGGCCGCACCGUCUAGCCUGUCCGACGGCCUGCACAUCCUCCCGAUGCGGGAGGGCGCGGGCCGCGCCGAGUCCUACAGCGACUGGACCAACGUGCCCUACGAGCUGGCCAUGCAGGAGAGCGGCCGCCCCGCCAUCAUCACCGAGCCCUCCGGCGCCGACGACUUCGUCUUUUUCAACUGGAACGUGCCGCCCGCGGCGCCGCAGCGCAUCCCGGAGUCCCCCAACCAGUGGUCGCCCAUCUGGCGGGAAAAGACGUCUGCCAAGACCCGCACCAAGGCGGCCCCCAAGACCCAGACGCCACCGCGACCCGCCGCCCCUGCCCCGACUCCCGCCCCGGCCCCGCCCCGCCCCGCCAGAGGCUGGACCUCCGAGGUGACGGAGGUCAAGCUGGAGCUGAGUGGCUGGCGGCCCCAGCACAUCCCGGGACCCGUGGCGCUGCCCCCGCCCCGCCCUGCCGACCCGCCCCUCGCCCCCGCCUUCAGGUCGCCGCCGCAGCCAGCCCCCACCCGCCGCCCCGCCACCCCCUUCGCCACCACCACCACCACCACCACCACCUCCACUGAGUUCCCCACCACCAAGGCCUCCACCAAAGGCAAGCCCACCACCACCUCCCCCAAGCGACCCGCCCCCAUCACCACCUCCCGCACCACGCCGCCCACCCCGCCCACCGCAGCCUCCACCCGCUACACCACCCGCUGGUUCUCCUCCUCCGCACCCACCACGGCCCCGGCCCGCAAGACUCCGCCCCGCCCGCCGCGCCCCACCCUCCCCGCCUCCCGCCUGCCCCCCAGGACGCCCCUCUGGAAGCUGAUCAAGAACCCCAACAUGGCCGCCCACCACCACCACCACCACCACCACGCCUCCACCAAGGCUAAGGCCCCCGCCCCCACCACAGCCUUCACCCGCCCCACCACGCCAGCCACCACCACCACCACUACCACCCCUACCACCACCACGCCCACCACCACUACCACCCCCUUCACCAUACCCUCCACCACUACCACCCCCUUCACCAUACCCUCCACCACUACCACACGUCCACCAACCACCACCACCACCACCACAACGACUACCACUACCACCCAAACACCCACCACCACCACCACCACCACCCCGAGGCCCCGUCCCCCCGCGCCCCGCCCCACGAUCACUACCAAGCCCCAGGUCAGCGGGCACAAAUCCAAGGUGUCGGUGUGGGCGGGCAGUGCGGCGGCCAAGGCCAACGCGCUGCGGCGGGACAAGUGGCUGGGCGGCGCGGGGCUGGCGGCGGUGAGCAUCGCGCCGCGCCACGUGCAGGAGUUCCAGCGGGCGAUGGAGCGCGCCGAGACGGUGCGUGACGGCGACACGGCGGUGGUGUACUCCGUGCCCAUCACGGACGUGGAGGCCUUCAACGCCAUGUACCGCCAGUACCAGCAGCAGGAGGGCUCGCACGCCCCCGCCCCCCCCACCGAGGACGAGGCCAACCCCAACCGUCUGGAGGACCUGGGCCCGCUGCCCGACUACGAGGAGACGGUGGCCCCGGCGGUGCUGCGGGAGGAGGAGGCGGUGCUGGCCCCCACCGAGGAGCCCCUGCCGGCCACCCCCGCCCGGGGCGCGGCGGCAGCCAGCCAGCCCAUGGAGCAGACCGCCCCCAGCCCCGCUCCCGCCAGAAGCUGGCCCCAGCUGGCUCCCGCGGCCCCCUGGGUGCGGCGCGGUGACCUGCCCCCGCCCACCACCCGCCAGGAACUGCCGCCCGCAGCCACCACCACCACCACCACCACCACCACCCAGCGGGCCACGCCCCCCCCGACCCCCAGGACCACCACACUGCAGUGGCCUUCCUCCACCACGCCGCCGGCGCACCCCACGAUGCCGCCUGCUCCCCCCGCCGCGCCCCGCCCCCCCGUGUUCCACGCACCGCCCCUCACCGUCCAGGCCGCCACGCCUGAGGCUGUAGAGCCCCCUCGCACCUCGUCCACCUUUGCCGUGUUCCACGAGGAGGAGGCAGCGGCGCCCCUGGCCGUGCCCGCCGAGGAGGAGGCGGCGGCGCCCCUGGCCGUGCCCGCCGUGCAGGAGGAAGGCGCCCCGGCCUCCCACUACCAGGAGGCCUCGCCGCUGUUCCUGGAGCAGCUGCCGCCCCAGUACCUGCUGCCCGAGGACCUGCCGCGGCCCCUAGCCACCACGCGCCGCCACGACGACCGCCGCCUCGAGGAGCUCAUUUUCAGCGCCGACCCUGAAGAGCUGCUGCGGCGCGGCCUGCUGCCCCGCCCCGUGCACUACGUACGCUCCCAGGACGAGGCGGACCGCUGGCUGCGGGACCAGUACCAGGGGCAGGGAGAGGGCACCGUCGUCGCCGCCGCCAACACACUCCCGCGGGAGACGGCCAAGCCGGCCCCGGCGGCGGGUCGCGGCUUCCACUUCAAGAAGGUGCCCUUCGACUUCCAGGCCAACGAGUGGUACCACGUGGCCUUCAGCUGGAGCAGCUCCAACCACCAGGCGGAGGUGUUCGUCAACGGGCGCCUGGUGGGCACGCUGACGGGCGUCAUGGCGGGCCGCGCGGCGCUGACGGGCGGCGGCCUCACCAUCGUGGGCCACACGCUGCUGCCGGACCUGACGGACUUUGACCCCACGUCCCGCCUGCUGGGCGAGGUCACGGAGCUCAACGUGUGGGGCCGCCAGCUGGACGAGGCCGAGCUGCGCGACGUGUACAGCUGCGGCGCCGCGCCGCCCGCCACGCCGGCGCUGGACUGGCGGCGGAUGACCAUGAGAUUCUACGGCGACGUGUCCCUGGAGCAGAGCCAGGCGCUGUGCGGGGCCUAGGGCGGCGGUGUGUGUGUGUGUGUGUGUAGGUAGUGUCUGCCGCGGCCAGACCGUCCUGGGCGGCCACACAAUGACUGGACUCGCUGUGCGGGCACACGGUUCAGUGCCGCUUUGCUUGUGGCGCGCGGCCACGCCGGACUCGGGACGCGUGGGCGGGGCGGGGCUGACGCUCGGUGGGGCUGGCGCUAACAAGGUUGUUGGGGUAUAUCGUUAAAGCUAUACAGCAAACCCAGGCUGAAGUGGCGGGCAGCCUUACCCCCCCCACCACCACUCCGCCCCCGGCCCCGCCACGGCCCGGCGUGGUGUUGGGCGCCCCGCGGGGUCUCUGCUCCAUCAUUGUUUACUUGUUAUGCUUGUAGUUCAUAUUUAUAGCCGCUGUGCAUCCCCUGCCUCCCCACCCCCCCCUUGCCUGCUGCCCACGUGUGCCUGGCGGACCUCACCGGGGGUAACACGGCCGCCGCGCUGCUGAGGAGGUCUGCUGAGGGUGAUAGCUGAACACCCCCACCCCGGCCCUCGCUCGGUGCCCUAUCCUUCUGGCUCCAAUCCUCCAGCUCCUCUCCCUGUCCUCCUUCUCUUCUCCAAUCCUUCUCUUCCUCUUCCUCACCCUCCUCCUCUUCCUUUCUGUCCUUCUUCUCCUCCUCCUUUCUGUCCCUCUCCUCCUCCUCCUCCUUUCUGUCCCUCUCCUCCUCCUCCUCCUCCAGGCACCACAAAGCAUCUACAUUCUCCAUCGUAGCAUCACAUAGUUAAGUCACUUCCAUCAACACAUUACUGCCUCCCCCCUUCAUCAUCCCUUCCUCAUCAUCCCCUUCUUCAUCACCCCUUCCUCGCUAUUCCCCCGCAUACUGAUAUAAUGUGUUGUUGAGGCAUAGGCUGUGUCCCCCAAUCUGUACACACCCACCCAUUUAGUACUUAUAGAAUGGAAGAAGAAAACAUACACACAAACACACACACGCACACACACACACACACA